ACACACCCCAGUUCACCCCCCCAAGCCGCGCGCAGUUCUUCGGAACUCACGCACCCGGUACGUCCGCGCGCGCGCCAGAUCUUCGCCGCGCGCGUCUCGCGCCGUCGCCGUCGCGCGCUCUGCGGGGUUCGCGCCGAGCGGGCCCGAUUCGUUUUUCAGCGCUUCUUCUCCCGCUUCCCCAAGAGACGCGCGCCGGAAGACGCGUCGACGCGCGGGGUCGAUCCUCGACGCGCCGCGCGCAGAGCGGUGGGAACGUCGACGACGUCCGCGACGCGUCGUUCCCUCCGUCGCGGCGCGGCGGCGCGGCCGCGUCGCCGCUCGCGCGCGCGUCUCCGGCCGCGAACCCAACUCGGGGAAAUGCGCCGCGCGUCGCUCGCGUCCAGCAGCGAGCGCGCCGCGCGAAGAAAAAUCUCGCUCCGGAGAAACCAACACUGACCCCUCCUCCUCCACCUCCCUCCCUCCCUCUCGUCGCAGCACACUAAACCGACUCAAGAAACAGCACGAUGCCUUCCACGCAGCAAGUCUACACCGCUCUCUCCAUCAUCUCCCUCGGGUCCCUCAUCGGCAUGGGCGUCGCCGUCGGCAGCGGCGUCUCGAUGAUGUCCUUCGCGAUGCUCGAGGAGGAGCAGAAGAACAAAGUCGCCGCCGCGUCCGUGGCGGAGAAGUCUUUCCGGCCCGUCGCGUCCGCGCGCGGGUUCGCCGCGUCGUCGUCCAACUAAAUCGAAAUCAUCACGUCGUGAACACACGGCGCGGCGCGUGCCCUGGUCGCUCCUGCACGCCGACCCGCGCGGGUCGUCAUCUUCAUGGAUCACGCGCGCGGGAGGGGUGCGAGACGAACGGCCGGCGGUCGCGACGCGUCGUCGGUUCACGACGUUUGAUUUUUUGGGUUUCGGCGACUGGCGACGAAUGACGACUAUCUAUAACUGUACAAAGACUUUAACGACGACAACGGCUGGCUGCGACGUGGAAGACGAGAAGAGCACACGAUUUGGGGUGGGAAAUACCACUUAACCGCGCGCGCGCUGUACGCGAUAUGCGCGCCGGCCCCUCAUUCGCUUCUCGCGCACGGCUUCCUCAUCGCUGAGAAAAAACAAAACCGCGAAGAUCUCACUUGAAUUGAACACUCAUCAGGGAUUAUACGGGCUCGACGAUUGAUUCAUCGUCGGCGGCCGUUUCCUCGUGUAAUUUAUCACACAACCUGUAUCGAGGAACGGCGGCGCCUUGGGGUUAUUACGUACCCGGCGCGCGAGCCCAUCCUUCAUCGAUCCUCAGAGUGCUGUACGCAUACACUUCCGCGACGAGUUUGGUUUCUCAAUAAAAAUUCAUUCUUUGAUGACUG